GGUGCCUUGGGUGGGAGGGGCCUCACAGAGCUCCUCCAAGCACUGCAUUCUGGGAUGCGGCCUGGACCAAUGGGAUGGGCGCUACGUCACAAGGGGCGGCGUUCCCGAGCGGCCGGCGUCGCAGGGCACUCGGGCCAGCGCCCCGGGACUGCCAGCUGCGCUGCCCCGUGGGCCGUGGCCGUGGGCCGUGGCCGUGGCCGUGGGCCGUGCCGGCCGUCCAACAUGGUGGACUACUACGAGGUGCUGGGCGUGCCCCGCCACGCCUCGUCCGAGGCCAUCAAGAAGGCGUACCGCAAGCUGGCGCUCAAGUGGCACCCCGACAAAAACCCUGAGAACAAGGAGGCGGCGGAGAGGAGAUUCAAACAAGUGGCCCAGGCGUACGAGGUGUUGUCCGACGCCAAGAAGAGGGACGUUUAUGACCGAUACGGCGAGGCGGGAGUGAAGGACGGUGGCGGAGGCGGUGGCGGGCCUUUCGAAGACCCCUUCGAAUAUGUCUUCAACUUCCGCGACCCAGCCGAGGUCUUCAGGGAGUUUUUUGGUGGCCGGGACCCAUUUUCGCUUGACUUCUUUGGAGACCCGCUUGAGAACAUUUUCGGGGCGGAGGAGCUCCCGGGCAAGCAGAAGCAGAGGGUCCGCACCCCUUUUCUCCACCUUCAGUGAAUUUCCAGCAUUUGGGGCUGGUUUUCCUUCUUUUGAUACAGGAUUUAAUUCCUCUGGUUCCCAGGGCCAUGGGGGCGUUUCUUCUUUCUCCAUGUCCUGUGGUCGGGCUGGGGCGGGUAACUUCAAAUCCAU